GGCUGUUGUCAUGGAGAUGUCCUUCGUCUCCAGCUCUGGGUAAGGAGUGUGUGUGGAUCAGACCGAGAGAAUCAGACACUCACAGCAGACGUGCACGCUCCACUAUCAGCUUAAACGUAAACACAGGUGAAAAUGGGCGUGUCUAGAGUUCUGCUCGGCCUCGCCCUCCUCACGAGUCUAUUGGCUGCCGCUGUCAUGAGUCACGAGGGGGCGUGUCUACGGGACGGGAGACACAAGGCCACGCCCAGUCCAGAGCGUCAUCUGAAGCAGUGCUCGCUCUACAGGGAGAACUCGUGUUGUUCAGAGACAGAUGUCCAGGAUCUGUCCAGCGAGGACAAGUCUUUCUGGGAUAAGUGUGGUCUCCUCAGCCCUCUCUGUGAGUCUUUCCUGAAGCGCGUCGCCUGUUUUUACCGCUGUUCUCCUGAUGCUGCUCGCUGGACACACCCACAUCGAGACUCCUCCCUGAAGGCGGUGCCUCUGUGCCACAGCUUCUGCAGAGACUGGUAUGAGGCCUGUAAAAUGGACAUGACAUGUGCUCGGGACUGGACCACUGACCCCCGCGGACAGAACUGCAGCAGCGGCUGUGUGCCCUACCAACAGAUGUACCAGCAUGGACGUGACCUCUGCGAGAGUCUUUGGGGAGAAGCUUUCAUGACAGUUGAAGACGACCCCGGGGAGGAAGACGGUGUUGAAGGCAAUAGCUGCGGCUGUCUGACCCUCAGUCCGUCUGAUCGAGAGGUGAUCGCAGCUCUGAGGGUUCAGGAAGGAGACCCUGAAGAACUGGACACCACCAAGAGCGGCCUGCCGCAGUACAGAGCCCCCUGCCCUCCCGCAGGGCCUCGAGCACGCAGCGCCACAGCGCCACCUCAGGCCCGGAGGAGCAGUGCCAAGGCUGUACUGCGCAAACGCUCAGUGCUCACCAGCGACACGGAGGGCAGCGGGAGCGGCUUCUAGGAGAAAUGUGAUAGAUCUGCUAAAUGUUUGUUAAUGUGCAUUUUAUCUUAUCAGUUGAAUUUACAGUAAACUAAUGCAGUGAGGUUUCUAAAGUGUUGUCUAUUUAACACAGUCAGCAAAACAAUCCUCUGUGAACUAAAGAUACUUCUGUAAAAUGACAUUCUGCUAAUUUUAACCUGUUGACCUGUUAAAGGCAACAUGAAGAGUUGAAUUUAGGUCUGGAUAACACUUUACAGUAAGAUUUUGAUUGUUAACAUUAGUUAAUGCACCGUGAAUUAACAUGAACAUUAACAAACAUUAAAGAAGAUUAGAAAAUGCUGUAGUAAAAAAAUAAAUAAUAAUAAUAAUAAUGUUAAUGUUAGCUAGAAGGUAGUCACCAUUGUAGAAACAAUUUUUACUCAGAAAUUGUUAGUACAGUAUAUUUAACAAACAAUUUAAAAGAAAGGGCACAUAAAACUUUGAAUUCAACUUGAAAUCUAAACAUAGAAAGUAGUAUUUGCUUGUAAAACACUCCUAAAAUAUUAUGGCUAGGCUAACUUCUCUGCGUUAACUAAUGCUAACAAAGAGGAGCUUAUUGUAAAGUGUUAAAGUAAUUAGAAAUGCGUCACAUUACAUCAAUAAAUUGAGUUUCAUAUAUUGUUUUACAUUAUCCGUUUAUUCAGAGUAAUUGAAAUCACAUAACAUUUUUUUGUUUUUUUGUUUUUUGUGGAUUGCUUCAAACUAAAUGAUGCUGUUGUCGCUUGUCUCUUGUUUCCAUAACAGUGAUACUUCAUGAUAAUGUGCUCUACUGUCUCAUAAUCUGUAACCUCACAAAUUAUGACACUAGCCUAUGUGUGAUGUCGGUAUGUUGUGUUAAUUAUUAUUAUUAUUAUUUUAUUUUAUUUUUUUGCGUAAUGACUUUAGUGAAAACAUGAUCCAGUAUUUACACUGAUUUACAUAAAAAAAAUAACGCUGUAAAGAAACUACGAGAGAAUACUGUAAAAUCUGGCGAGUCACGUGAUGACGUGUUUUGUUUAUGUGAAUGACGUCGCGUCGCUGUGUGCGAUCGUAUAGCUUUAGUGAGUAAACAAGUGCGUUUCUGUUCUGAUAUUACCUGUGUCUCUAAUUCUUAAAUAAAACUGAAAUUUGUUUGUUCUUUUAA